AUGUGUAUAGACCCCAUAGUGUGUAUAGACCCCAUUGAGCCAGUGUGUAUAGACCCCAUAGUGUGUAUAGACCCCAAUGAGCCAGUGUGUAUAGACCCCAUUGAGCCAAUGUGUAUAGACCCCAUAGUGUGUAUAGACCCCAUAGUGUGUAUAGACCCCAUUGAGCCAGUGUGUAUAGACCCCAUUGAGCCAGUGUGUAUAGACCCCAUAGUGUGUAUAGACCCCAUUGAGCCAGUGUGUAUAGACCCCAUUGAGCCAGUGUGUAUAGACCCCAUAGUGUGUAUAGACCCCAUUGAGCCAGUGUGUAUAGACCCCAUAGUGUGUAUAGACCCCAUUGAGCCAAUGUGUAUAGACCCCAUUGAGCCAGUGUGUAUAGACCCCAUAGUGUGUAUAGACCCCAUAGUGUGUAUAGACCCCAUAGUGUGUAUAGACCCCAUUGAGCCAGUGUGUAUAGACCCCAUAGUGUGUAUAGACCCCAUAGUGUGUAUAGACCCCAUUGAGCCAAUGUGUAUAGACCCCAUAGUGUGUAUAGACCCCAUUGAGCCAGUGUGUAUAGACCCCAUUGAGCCAGUGUGUAUAGACCCCAUAGUGUGUAUAGACCCCAUAGUGUGUAUAGACCCCAUUGAGCCAGUGUGUAUAGACCCCAUUGAGCCAGUGUGUAUAGACCCCAUAGUGUGUAUAGACCCCAAUGAGCCAGUGUGUAUAGACCCCAUUGAGCCAAUGUGUAUAGACCCCAUAGUGUGUAUAGACCCCAUAGUGUGUAUAGACCCCAUAGUGUGUAUAGACCCCAUAGUGUGUAUAGACCCCAUAGUGUGUAUAGACCCCAUAGUGUGUAUAGACCCCAUAGUGUGUAUAGACCCCAUAGUGUGUAUAGACCCCAUAGUGUGUAUAGACCCCAAUGAGCCAGUGUGUAUAGACCCCAUAGUGUGUAUAGACCCCAUAGUGUGUAUAGACCCCAUAGUGUGUAUAGACCCCAUAGUGUGUAUAGACCCCAAUGAGCCAGUGUGUAUAGACCCCAUUGAGCCAAUGUGUAUAGACCCCAUAGUGUGUAUAGACCCCAUAGUGUGUAUAGACCCCAUAGUGUGUAUAGACCCCAUUGAGCCAAUGUGUAUAGACCCCAUUGAGCCAGUGUGUAUAGACCCCAUAGUGUGUAUAGACCCCAUAGUGUGUAUAGACCCCAUUGAGCCAAUGUGUAUAGACCCCAUAGUGUGUAUAGACCCCAUUGAGCCAGUGUGUAUAGACCCCAUAGAGCCAGUGUGUAUAGACCCCAUUGAGCCAGUGUGUAUAGACCCCAUAGUGUGUAUAGACCCCAUAGUGUGUAUAGACCCCAUUGAGCCAAUGUGUAUAGACCCCAUAGUGUGUAUAGACCCCAUAGUGUGUAUAGACCCCAUUGAGCCAAUGUGUAUAGACCCCAUUGAGCCAGUGUGUAUAGACCCCAUAGUGUGUAUAGACCCCAUAGUGUGUAUAGACCCCAUAGUGUGUAUAGACCCCAUUGAGCCAAUGUGUAUAGACCCCAUAGUGUGUAUAGACCCCAUUGAGCCAGUGUGUAUAGACCCCAUAGUGUGUAUAGACCCCAUAGUGUGUAUAGACCCCAUUGAGCCAAUGUGUAUAGACCCCAUUGAGCCAAUGUGUAUAGACCCCAUAGUGUGUAUAGACCCCAUUGAGCCAGUGUGCAUAUGA